AUUGACAAUUGAAUGGUUUUUAUAGCACAAAGUAUGCAACAGUUGAAACGCAUCAAAAAACGUACGGAAGACGGAAUAAGAAUAAAGAGUGAGAAGAACAAAGUGUGAUUGCUGAAAGCAAUCACACAAGAUUUGGACAAUAAUAUUCACAUAGCAAAGCAAAACCAUAUUCCAUUAUCCAAAACCAUUAUCAGCAAACCCCAGCAUAUUCUUGUACAACACAUCUCUAGGUAUCUCUGAUGAUUUUCCAUGCAGUUAUACUCAUGACAACAAAAUCCCAUUCAUCCUCCCAUGCCAACACAUGCUGUACUUAAUGGAACAGUAAACAUACAUGUUUCUUUUAAACAAAUCAAAUAAGAAAUGUUUUUCUUUUCUUUCACACUACACAUGUAGAUAUGUCUGCUGGCAGCUGUCUGCGAUCUGAAGAUCAGUUUCUGUGCUCCAUCUGUCUGGAUGUGUUCACUGAUCCAGUCACCACACCAUGUGGACACAAUUUCUGCAAAAACUGCAUCACUGAACACUGGAAUGUUAAUAUCCCUUGCAAGUGUCCGAUGUGUAAAAAGGUUUUCUACACAAGACCUGAGCUGCACAUCAACACUUUCAUCUCUGAGAUGGUUUCUCGGUUCAGACAGGAAGCUCAACAGAAAGCCAGCAGCAGCAGCUCAAAGCAACAAGCUGCCAAACCAGGAGAAGUUCCCUGUGACGUCUGUACUGGUACCAAACUGAAGGCCCUGAAGUCCUGUCUGGUGUGUCUGACCUCCUACUGUGAGACUCACCUGGAGCCUCAUCUGACAGUGUCUGGUCUGAAAAGACAUCAGCUGAUGGACCCUGUGGCAAACCUGGAAGACAGGAUGUGUAUGAAGCACGAUAAACCUCUGGAGCUGUUCUGUAAGACCGACCAGACAUGUGUCUGCAUGCUCUGCUCUGUUUUGGACCACAAGACACAUGAUGUUGUUCCUCUGAAAGAAGAAUAUGAAGGAAAGAAGGCAGAGCUGGGGAAGACAGAGGCUGAAAUUCAGCAGAUGAUCCAGAAGAGACGACUGAAGAUUCAAGAGAUCAAACACUCCAUUGACUUCAGUAAGAAAGAUGCAGACAGAGAGAAAGCAGAAGGUGUUCAGGUCUUCACCACUCUGAAUGAGUCUCUUGAGAGAAGCCUGAAUGAGCUCAUUGAGACAAUUGAAGAGAAGCAAAGAAUGACAGAGAAACAAUCUGAAGACCUCAUCAAAGAGCUGGAACAGGAAAUCUCUGAGCUGAUGAAGAGAAGGUCUGAGGUGAAGCAGCUCUCACGCUCUGAAGACCACCUCCACCUCCUCCAAAACUUCCUGUCCCUGAAAGCUGCUCCAGCCACCAAAGACUGGACAGAGGUCAGCGUCUAUCCACCAUCAUAUGAGGGGACUGUGGUGAGAGCUGUGACUCAGCUGGAGGAGACGCUCAGUAAAGAGAUGAAGAAGCUGUUUGAGGUUGAGCUGAAGAGGGUCCAGCAGUAUGCAGUGGAUGUGACACUUGAUCCUCAUACAGCACAUCCUAAACUCAUCCUGUCUGAUGAUGGGAAACAGGUAAAUCAUGGUGAUGUGAAGAAGAAUCUCCCAGACAACCCAAAGAGAUUUUCUCAUUGUAGUUGUGUUUUAGGAAAGCAGAGUUUCUCUUCAGGUAGAUUUUACUUUGAGGUUCAGGUCAAAGGGAAGACUGACUGGGAUUUAGGAGUGGCCAGAGAGUCCAUCAACAGGAAAGGACAAAUCACUCUGAGACCUCAGGAUGGUUACUGGACUAUACGGUUGAGAAAUGGAAAUGAGUACAAUGCUCGUAAUGACUCUCCAGUCCGUCUCUCUCUGAAGUCUCAGCCUCAGAAGGUGGGGGUGUUUGUGGAUUAUGAGGAGGGUCUGGUCUCCUUUUAUGACGUAGAUGCUGCAGCUCUUAUCUACUCCUUUAUUGGCUGCUCCUUCACUAAGAAACUCUACACAUUCUUCAGUCCCUGUAAUAAUGAUGGUGGUAAAAACUCCGCCCCUCUGAUCAUCUGUCCUGUCAAUCAAACUGAGUAGAGUAAUCACCUGUUUUAUUUUAUGAGAGGAUUCAUUGUCUUUUACAGGAGCAAAUAUACACAUUCAGUAUCAUAAACUGUACACUUUCUUUAUUAAGAAUAAACAAGAACUUUAUUACAAGAGUAUUUUGUGUAUCACAUGAAAGGUGGGAUCUCUAUUCAAAAUUAAAACUAUUAAAACUUCUGAUCAAAUCCAAACAACUUUAUUCUCAAUUGUAGUUAAAAUAAAAGUUUACAAAAACCCCUAAAUUUUCAGUUUCAAGUGUAAUAAACAGUCUCAGGCUCCAUCUUUGUCAAUGUGAGGUUUUGUUGCUACUCUCUGCUCUAUAUAAUAGUAAACUGAAUAUUUUUGGGUGUUGGACUGUUUGUUUGAAUAUUGAUUAGAUUGAUUAUCAUUUCAAGAAAUCUGUAAAUAUGUGAUUGUAAAACCUGUAAACUAAACUAUGUCUGUAGUUUUAAUGUAAAGCUUUAAAUACAUGGCCUGAGUAAGCAGUGACUUGUUGAACACCAAACACAAAAAAUAAAACCUGGUUUACA